GCUCGAAUUCAAGCCUGAAGCACCCCCGCAGUUUGCCCCGAAAAGAACGCCCGGCAACACGUUUUCCUCCACUUUUGCCCUGGAAGGUUAGCUGCCUAGAGCGCUGCCGUCACGUUUUGCAAACACCCCCACACCCCCUCGACCUGGCAACUCACAGAGCUCAGAUUGGACCUCGACUUUGCCCUGCCGGCAACAUUCCCACCCCACUGGCAGCAACAGCUGCUCCUUUCCGGCGUCCCUCCGGCAAGCAUUCCACCAUCCGGUCUUCGUUCCAGGCUUCUUGUUCGUUUUGAAUAUCCUUAACAGUGGUGGAAUACGGCGGGAAAGAGGUCCUGGUGCAGAUCAAAACCUCGCGAAUCGUGCAUCGCGGCGCGCGACGUGCGGCUGUGAUUUGCAUCGCCGGUAGUGCUGAGGACGACACACAGGUGUAAGAGAGUGCGAGCGAGACCGGAAGGCAGGAGAGCAACAUCAGGAGGUCGCUGUCGCAACAAAAAGAUAAAAGAUGGAUGUUGAAAUGAAGGGCGUGGUUGCUCCUGAUGCUGCCGGUACCAACGUCACGAUGGACAUGCCGCCUCCUCCGCUGCCGGCUUCUGCUAUUGCGGCUGCCGCCCAGUUACAGCUGCAGCAACAACAGCAACAGCAACAGCAGCAGCAACAGCAGCAGCAGCAACAGCAGCAGCAGCAGCAGCAGCAACAGCAACAGCAACAACAGAUCCAGCAACAACAGAUCCAGCAACAACAGAUCCAGCAACAACAGAUCCAGCAACAACACCCACAGCAUCACCACCAUCAAUUGCAGCAGCACCCACAGUCGCCGGUAGCUCUAGCACAACCACAACAACAGCAGCCAUCCCAAGCCCCUCCAGCGGCUCCACCUGUCAAGAGGAGAGCUCCUAUUGCCUGCCGAAGAUGUCGUCGUAUGAGAAGCAAAUGUCACCAAACGGACAAGGGAAAGCCACCUUGCCAAUCAUGCACCGAUGCAGGACUUGGACCAGAAGACUGUGUCUUUCCAGUCCGCGGCCAACCAGAUGAGGACCGCGAAUACCGGCACCCUCGGGUCCGGGCCGAUAAGAAUAGUAAACGAGAGGUUCUCAAGUUUCGAAGGGAUGUCCUGGACCAGCAGCAGCAGCAGCAGCAGCAGCAGAUUCUAGCCAACGGAGCGGUGAUGAGCCCUGGAGGAAAGCUCAUUGCCCGAAGCCCGGACGACUGGGAGGUCCUGCCACCGUUGGAGGAUAUCUUAGACGCAGUGAACAACUUUACGAGACAUUACUUCCAGUUGGGAUUCAUCCCCAAGCAGAGGUUUAUCGAGAAAUUGACGGUUAACCCCCGGUCAGUCAGCUUGUUUCUGCUUCUGGGAAUACUAAGUGUCAGCGCUAGGUUGACGCCGGCGUUGGUCGAACGGUACGGCGGUGCUGUGAACGCGGCCGAGAUCUUCAUGGAGCAUGCUUCGGCUGUGGCAAUGAUGGAGCUAUACAGGGAGCCAAGUCUGGAGAGGUGCCAGGCGUUCUAUUUGUUGAGUAUCGCGCAGCAAGGGAGUGGUCUGACUCACAAGAGCUCGAUCAACAUGGCCGUCGCUAUGAGGAUGGCAACGCUGCUCAAGCUGCACAGGGAGGAGACGUACGUCUUGGUAAACCCAACAAAGGAGCUGGUAAUCCAAGCCGAAUCAGCAAGGAGAACUUUGUGGAUGCUUCACAGCCAGGACAAUUUGCACUCAAGCGCACAGUCGCCUGUGCUGCUGGCAGCCAGCGACAUCACGGCAUUGCUUCCCUGUGACGAGCAAGACUUUGCGGCGGCUCGGGAACCCAAAUCGAGAGCAGCUCUCGAGGACACCCAACCUGCAUUGGAGAAGCCCGAGCUGAUUGCUGACCCAGGGAGGUCACUGUUUGCGACGUUGAUACAGGCGCAUUACUACUGGGGCAGGAUCUCUAGACGGGCCAUCAGUCACGAUAAGAGCGCGAGACCGUGGGAGCCAACCAGUCAGUAUGCUGUCCUGGAAAAGAAACUGGCCGAGUGGGAGGCAUUGCUGCCGAAUGACCAUAGGUGGAGCAGCCUGUUGCUGAAGGGCUACAAGCAGGAAGGUCAUGAUCUGGCAUAUCUCGGAGUGACCAUGACGCCGCGGCUCUGCAACAUUGUGCUCCGUAAGGCGUACAUACACAACAUGAUCAACCAUGGCACUUCAGACGCGACCUUGGCGCGCUUUUGGAAUGAUAUGGCGCAAGAGCUGUUCAGGAAUGUCAAGGAGUUGUAUGAGCAAAUCCAGAUCCAGUACGGAGACAGAGCUCCAGACGAGGGUCCCGGAGCCCAGAUGGCUGCUUUCUGUGUAUAUACAUGUGGCUUCCUGGCAUGCUAUUUGUGCAAAUAUCCCAAGUUGUGUGCCGACUCUAUUCUCGUGCGUGAUGCUCCGCAGAUUGUCCAGCGCAUCCUCGGCAUCCUGAACGAGAGCAAGAACAUCUGGCCGCUCGCGUCUAGGUGGUUCGACCACCUGGAAAAGUUUUCAAGAACGAAAACAGGAAUGGCAGCAGAAACGCAGGGCAGCAUGGCUGAUAGCGUGAGUGCUCCGAGUUCGAACAGCACACAAGCCCACCCCAUUUCCUCUCCUCCACCCCCUUCUUCAUCUUCGGGAGACUUAGUGUCUUCAAUCCAGAGAGAUCCAAUCCCUCACGUCCUGCAGCCGGCGCUCAAGGAUGUGUUCACGCCAAUCCAGCCGCGUCUCCUGCCGUCGUCAACUCCUUCGACCGAAGGCGCCAAGAAUCACAACGGUGUGGUGUCCCCAACAUCCACACAAGGCAGCGGUCCAAGCUCUGCCAUCUUGCCGCUACCCCAGGGCCCGCCUCCCUCGGCCAAUUCUCAUCAGUUGUAUAUUGAUCCCAACUUGAGAUUGCCACUGCCUAAUGCGCCGCCGCCUCCGCACGCACCUCAGCAGCAACAUAAGGUCCAGUCACCUCAGCAACAGCAUGCUCAGCAUUCACCGACAGGAGGCGGUAGGCAGUCCACUGAUGGGCUUGGGCUUUUGUUGGAGGCGUUCGAUACUCAUCGGUCGGCUCCAGGACCUCCCGGGCCCGGUCAACAUCCUCACCGCGCUGAGGGACAGGGCCCACCACCGGGCGCCCCGUAUGAUCCUCAGGCGGCACCGCAGCCGUAUUACACGCAGCAUCAAGGGUUGCCGAUGAAUGACGGGUAUGAGAACGAGUUGGGGUAUUACAUGAGCGAUGGGGUGCCUCAAACUAUGCAGAACUGGGUUGGGACGCCGCACAUGUACACGGGGUACUAG